ACUAACGAGGACCAGAUUUCUCGCGCUCCGGACCCCGUGGAGAUGUCCCUUUCCCAGGGAGGUGACAGUUAGGGAGCACGCAUUGUCACGGACGCUCAGGAAUUCCGCUGGGUCGCGGUGCAGCCUCUGAGGAGAUGAGGGAGCGGCGGGCGCUGUGCUGGCUGUGCCCCUGGCUGUGCCCCUGGCUGUGCCCCUGGCUGUGCCCCUGGCUGCUGCUGUCUCACUGCCACUUUCAGGUGCGGGCAGCCUCCUCCUCCAGGCCAGCGGCCCAUCCAGGGUUUGAGGUCUUGGCUUCCGCUUCCCAUUACUGGCCGCUGGAAACUGUGGACGGGAUCCACGAACUUCAGGACACGACUGGAGCAUUGCGAACCCACAACCUCACUGUGCUUCCUUCCCAUAAUUCUACCUUUGUUCGUACCAAUGACUCUGCCUACUCAAAUUUCUCUGCAACUGUAGACAUCAUGGAAGGAAAGGUCAGCAAGGGCGUUUACCUCAAAGAGGAGAAAGGAGUCACACUUCUCUACUACGGACAGUACAACACCUCCUGCAUCAGCAACCCGGCCAAGUGCGACCCCGACGGGGUCACAUUUUCGUUCUUCUGGAAGACGCAGGGAGAGCAGUCCAGGCCGAUCCCUUCUGCUUACGGGGGACAGGUCGUUUCUGAAGGGUUCAAGGUCUGCUCCAGCGGCGGCAAGGGCUCCGUGGAGCUAUACACGCGGGAGAACGCCAAGACGUGGGAGGCCACCUUCAGCCCGCCAGGUCCCUACUGGACUCAUGUUCUGUUUACAUGGAAAUCCAAGGAGGGUCUGAAAGUCUACGUCAAUGGGACCUUGAGCACUUCCGACCCAAGUGGCAAAGUGUCCCAUGCCUACGGGGAGCCCAGCGUCAACCUCGUGAUUGGGUCCGAGCAGGACCAGACCAAGCGUUAUGAGGUCGGAGCUUUCGAUGAGUUCAUCAUCUGGGAACGGGCCCUGACCCCGGACGAGAUUGCGAUGUACUUCACAGCUGCUAUUGGAAAGCAUGCUUUGUUAUCUUCGACACCACCAAGCUUCUUCAUGACGCCCCCAGCCAACACUGUGCUGCCCACCAAUGCCUACCGUCCUAUCAUAACCAACUUGACAGAGGAGAGAAAAAACUUCCAGAGUCCAAGAACUGGAUUGAGUUACCUGCGAAAUGUGUCCCUCAACUUACCCAGUAAGCCUCUCUCACAGGAAACUGCGCUGAACCUCACCAAGGCAUUCUUAGAAACCAUGGGAGAGGUUCUUCAACUGCCCAGUUGGAUUGAUGUGUCGGAGCACAACGCCGUCGUGCUGGGCUUGAUAGAGACUGUCGACAUUGUCAUGGGCCACAUCUCUUUCAACCUGCACGCCAGUGAGCCUCAGGUCACCAUCAUCGGCUCCUCCUCCAUGGCAGAGUUCUCUGUGGCCAAACUCCUACCCGAGACCAUAAAUUCCUCCCACUACCGCUUCCCAGCCCAGGGCCAGAGCUACAUCAAGGUUCCCCACGAGGCUUUCCGCAGCCAAGCCUGGACCACCAUCGUGGGCCUUCUCUACCACACAAUGCACAAUUACUUGGACAACAUCCAGCCAGCCAAGACCAAGAUUGCCGAGGCAGCAAAUUACAAAACCCACCCGCUGUCUGCAGUCAGCUACCUGAUUUCCCUGGAGGUGUCCCCACCACCGACGCUCUCCCAGAACUUGUCGGGGUCCCCCCUGGUCACCGUCCAGCUCAGGCACCAACUGACAAGAAUCUCUCAUUCCGAGGCCACCAACAGCAGCAACCAGGUCUUCCUGUACUGCGCCUUCCUGGACUUCAGCUCCGGAGAAGGGGUCUGGUCCAACCAGGGCUGUGUGCUCAUGGAAGGGAACCUCACCUACUCCCUCUGCCGCUGCACCCACCUCACCAACUUCGCCAUCCUGAUGCAGGUGGUCCCGCUGGAGCUCACACACGGACAGAAGGUGGCGCUCCUGUCCAUCACUUACAUCGGCUGCUCGCUGUCCGUGGUCUGCCUGGUGCUCACGCUGGUCACCUUCGCCAUGCUCUCCUCAGUCAGCACCAUCCGGAAUCAGCGCUACCACAUCCACGCCAACUUGUCCUUUGCUGUUCUCGUGGCCCAGAUCCUCCUGCUCAUCAGCUUCAGCUUCAAGCCUGGCACGGUCCCCUGCCAGGUGCUGGCCAUGCUCCUGCACUACUUCUUCCUGAGCGCCUUUGCGUGGAUGCUGGUGGAAGGGUUGCAUCUCUACAGCAUGGUGAUCAAGGUCUUUGGCUCAGAGGGCAGCAAGCACCUCUACUACUAUGGGAUAGGAUGGGGUUUUCCUCUCCUGAUUUUCAUCAUUUCAAUAUCAUUUGCCAUGAAUAGUUACGGAACAAGUACAAACUGCUGGCUCUCCAUCAACAGUGGCGCCGUCUGGGCCUUCGUGGCCCCUGCCCUGUCCGUCAUUGUGGUAAAUGUCGGCAUCCUCGUCGCUGUGACCAGGGUCAUUUCCCGGAUCAGCGCUGACAGCUACAAGAUCCAUGGGGAUCCCAGUGCCUUCAAGUUGACGGCAAAAGCUGUGGCCGUGCUGCUGCCCAUCCUGGGAACCUCGUGGGUCUUCGGCGUGCUCGCUGUCAACAACCAGGCUGUGGCCUUCCAGUACAUGUUUGCCGCGCUCAACUCCCUACAGGGGUUUUUCAUCUUCCUUUUCCAUUGUCUCCUGAAUUCAGAGGUGAGGGCCGCCUUCAAGCACAAAACCAAGGUCUGGACCCUGACGAGCAGCUCCACCCGCAACACUAACGCGAAGCCCUUCAGCUCCGACGUCAUGAACGGGACCCGGCCGGGCACGGUGUCCACCAGGCUCAGCCCCUGGGACAAGAGCAGCCACUCUGCCCACCGCGUGGACCUGUCCGCCGUGUGAGCAGGGAGGCCGCCGACCCGCCGUCCUGCUCGGAACGCACCCCGCAGGCCGAACCCGAGAAACGCCCUGCCUUCACCGUGAGCCCCACCCCCCGCUGCUGUCUGCAUGUGGGGUCGUGGCCCCCGUGACAGGCUUCCCUGCCUCCCGCCCUCCCCGUGUGACGGAGCCCACUGCGGGGCCCCAAGCCCUCCCGGCUCCGGUCCUGCAGCAAGUGACUGUCCCCCGGGCGCCUGCCAUGGGCACACGGGCCCCAGGGGCUGCAGCACCAGGAGGGCGAGUUAGCCUGGACGCCACGAUGGGACCAAGGGGGAGGACCCGUGGGGGCGGUGGAGGCCCCCCGGCGCCCCCAGAGGGCCAGGCCGUGUGGGGUGUGAGAAUGUUCUCAACCUGCUGAUCAGCCACAGCAAGCUCCGAGGAGCCAGCGCCAACAGAGGAGGCGCCCCCGCAGGCCGGCGCCCCGGCCCCCUCACGCCCCCACCCUGCUGCCUCUUUGGGGCAGGGGCUUUGGGCUGGGGUCUCUGGCUGCUCAGGCCCAGUCACGGGUGAAGAGCAUUCUCUUCGCUCUCACGGUUGGCCUUGCCGAGGGCCCUGCUGCGAGCACCCGAGCCUUCCCCGUGCCCGCGGCCGUCCCGUGCCCUCCCGUGCCCCCCGCGCCCGCGGCCCUCCCGUGCCCCCCCAUGCCCACAG